AACACGCGACUUAGUAGUUUGGAGGGCAACACCGUCCCCUCUGGGCGGCAAGCGACAGGCUGCUGUAAG